UUAACGCUAUAUUCUACAGGAAUUCCUGUGCGACAUCGCUCUCCGGCAGAUGGAAUUUCGGCGGGCGGCGCAGCUCUUUGCCCUUGCUGGGCUUUUAGAGUAGUCAAAUAAUCCCAGACCAGCAACCAUGAAGGUGAAGGUUAUUAGCCGUUCGGAAGAGGAUUAUACACGGGAACGCAAAAGCGACCUGCGUAAGGUGCAACGCAAUUACGACCCGCUGCUUCACCCAUUAGAAAAAGCGAAAGAAUACACACGAGCGCUCAACGCCGCCAAGCUUGACCGCAUCUUCGCCAAGCCCUUCAUCGCUGCGCUUCCGCACGACGAUGGUGUCACUUGCCUGGCACGGAACCCCAAGCUCGUCAACAGCAUUGUCGCCGGCGCCGCGGAUGGCGAAAUCCGUAUCUGGGACGUUCCUCAGAAGCGCACGCUGAGGCGGCUGGUUGGCCACACAGCCGCCGUCAAAGGCAUCUCCUUCGCGCCCGAUGGCGAGACAUGCGUGUCCGCCAGCACAGACGCCACGGUCAAACUCUGGAAAGUACCAUACGCACCUUUUGAAGCAGGUAUCGUCCAAGGCGACGCCGAGCCGGUGUUUGAAUUUCAGGGCAAGAACGCAUUCCGCGGAAUUGACCACCAUUGGGACCGCUCCGUCUUCGCCACCGCGGGCGCUGCAAUCGAUAUUUGGGACCACAGUCGAUCUGAGCCCAUACAGUCGUUCACGUGGGGAUCUGAUACGGUCACUUCCGCUCGCUUUAAUCCGGCCGAACCCGACGUGUUUGCGUCUACCGGCUCCGACCGCUCCAUCGCCCUGUACGACCUGCGCCGCGCCACCCCCCUCCGCAAGCUGGUCAUGCAGACCCGCUGUAACGCCCUGUCCUGGAACCCAAUGGAGCCCUUCAACUUCACCGCCGCUAACGAGGACUGCUGCCUGUACACCUUCGACAUGAGGAAGCUGGCAUCAGCGCUGUGCGUGCUCAAGGACUUUGUUUCCGCGGUAAUGGAUGUGGACUACUCCCCGACGGGUCGGGAGUUCGUUGCGGGGUCGUACGACCGCUCCUUGCGCAUCUUCUCCGUAAGCGGGGGUCACUCCAGGGAGGUCUACACCACCAAGCGCAUGCAGCGCGUGUUCGCGGUGAGGUUCAGCGGAGACGCCACCUACGUCUUCAGCGGCAGCGAUGACAUGAAUGUACGGUGCUGGAAGGCCAAGGCCUCUGAGCAGCUAGGUGUACGGCUGCCCCGGGAGAAACACAAACAGGCGUACAACGAUGCGCUGUUGGAGCGGUACAAGCACAUGCCGGAGAUCAAGCGUAUCGCGCGGCACAGGCAUCUGCCGGCUCCCAUCUACAAGGCGGCCAAGACGCGCCGUGCUGUCGUUGAGAGCGACCGACGCAAGCUGGAGCGCCGUAUUGAGCACAGUGCACCGGGAUCCAUCGUGGUGAAGCCCGAGCGCAAGAAGAAGAUCCUGGCGCAGCUUGAGUAGGUGUUCAUGUGGGUAGCUGCGUGUUGUGUUUUCAGUGGGACGUGAUGUACGGCAGGGAAGGAGGAGGUGGAGGUGGUAAAGGAGGAGGGAGAGAAGCUGCCGCAGCAGUGGGCGCCGCAUGGGGUUGAUGGGAACGGUGGAUGUGGUGCGGUGCGUGAGGGAGCACCCGGGGGUGGAAGCACCCGCAGCCGCAACGAAACUGCGAGAGGAGGAGGAAGAGGAGGAGGAAGUGAAGAGGGAGGAGGAGGAGGAGGAGGAAGAGGAGGAGGAAGUGAAGAGGGAGCAGGAGGAGGAGGAGGAGGAGGAGGAGGAGGUGAAGAGCCCGGGGAGGUGGUGGCAACAGCACUGCGGCAAUGCGCUGAGGGCAGCAGAUGUGGAGCUGCCGGCGGUUGAAGGGAAGGCAAAAGCCGUGUAAGAGGAAGUUGAGGUGACGAGGUGAAGCACAUGGUGCUAAGUUUCUUAGCAUGUGUUCGAUGGCUGUGGAUGCGGAUGGGUUUGCGCGUCCUGUUUUGCUCAUUUUGCUCAUUUGGAUGGAAAACAACGCUUCGGAGCUAUGCGGUUUCUUGUGCGGCUGGCACCGAGUUGACGACAUUUUUGCAGUGAGCACCGCGGCCACGAGCGGUUUGGUAGUGUGUGCUGGGGGCCUGUCCAUGGAGGCAGUGGAGUGCGACAUGACCAGGAGACCCGUAAUUUGCACAUGUAUUACUGCGUAACGGAGCGAGGGGAAUGUAUGAUACCACUACAGACGUGCUAUGGCAUUGGUGUAGUGCGGCUUUCGGAUGACCAUGGCAUCCCAACUGUAAGCUAUUGUUAAU